UGUGGCAGACUUUGAUAGGGUGCUAAGCAAAUAUUUUAUGGGGAUGUGGACAGCAGAAUAGGUCGCUAAAGAAGUCCAGGAUUAGUUGCCUAUGUAAUACAAUCUUGGGCAAAAACUCGAUAUACCCAGUAAACUGGUUAACGAGCCAAUGAGAGGCGUACUCUCAUUUGAGAGUAGGUGCUCUCAUAUGGCCUUUUUGAAGCAAUUGAGCUGGCAAUAUACCAGCUCAAUUGCAUGGGAAGUCGGGGGUCAAUUGAGACCCCCAAACCUCCUCCCCCUUCCCUUCCUCCCCUCCACCGAACCCCGCUGACACCUCCCAGGCUCCCUCCCUCCUCCGACCCCCUCGAAACCCCCCUCGGAAGCUCUCGCGCAAGGCACAAACUCCCCUGCCUCCCCCGCCCCUGCCUCCUACGAUGGCCUCGCUAGCCGAACUCGCUGCCCCUGUCGACGGUAGCGAGUUCCUCGACUUGGACGCUUGGUCCCGCGCCCUGGACGACUGGGCCGUCAAGGAGAAGUUCUCCUGGCGGCUCCAGAGGAGGGACAAAGAUGGGGCAACCGCCGUUUGUCCCGAGGAGGGCUGUGCCUGGCAUGUCCGAGCCAGCCCCGACGAUGAGCAAUGGAAUCCCCCGCAGCCGACCGCGAAAAGAGAGGGUUCGGAGGGAGGAUGCCCGGCGUCCUCGAAGACGCCGGGCUCGCCGGGAUCACGGAGGACUUCUGCCGCUUGGGGCAGUCAUUGCCGCUGUGCCGGACUUGGUCCGCACACGCUGCGGCACCUGCGGCGAGCCUGGGCAUAAUGCCAGGACUUGCCGCAGGCCUCAUAAUUGACCCGUUCUCAUAUGAGAACGGGGGGAGUUUCUAGAUUGGGCUUGGGCGGGUCACGUGGGAUGGAACUGGGUAUAUAGAAUUUAUUUAUUGUUUUACUGGGUAUAUGGAGUUUUUGCCCUACAAUCUUUCUACACUAACUCCGUAAUGCAUCACUAUAAUAGGU